AUGGAGUUUUUGGACGAUGCGCAAAAUCUGUUAAAUGUAAGUUGUUUGUCAUAUUUUUGUUUGCUUGAAGUUUAGGUAGCAAAUUAUAGUGGAGCUCCUGUAUAACAAACUGUUGUAAAACGAAAACUUGUAUAUUGAACGACUUUUUAACUUAGAUACCGUUAAACGGUGUAUUUAAAAGUAAUUUACACCGAAACUUCUUCAUAAUGAACAAAUUUUAAAUCGCCAAGCUUGUCCAAGGCAUUCGUUUUACAAGAAUUCUACUGUUGUUUUUUUAGGUAUCAACAGGAUAAAUUUUUGAAUAUUAAAAAGAAAUUUUAGAACUUUUCAUUAUUACAUAUUUUGUUAAUUUAUUUAUCUUAUUACCUAAAAUUUUACCUAAAAUUUAUUUUAUAACGAAAUUAAUAAUAAAUUUAAAUUGUAUGUAUUAUUUUUCUAUUAAAAAUCAUGAUUUAAGAUUACCGAAAAAUCUGUCAAAUCCUAUGUAAGCGAAUCACUUAAAGUUAUGGUGGCACAAAGUCGGCGAAACGAUUUUGUCAGGGUAUGUUAUUGAUGUUGAUGAACUUUUUGAAGCUUGUUAGUUUUUUUGUUUGCUUGUAUGGUAAUUUCCAAGAAGUUGAAAAUACCUAUAAUAGUUAUAAAAAGCUAAUAUAAAAAACUAAAAUAAAGAAAGACUUUUUGUUAAAUGUAAAAUAAUUUCAGCCUAGAUCAGAUAAUUCGUAUUCAUCGACGUCGGGAUAUUCUCCACAAUUCAAACGAUUUCAUGGCCGAUAUGAGAAUGGUAAGUUGAGGAAAACUUUGAAUUUAAUUUUUUAGGUAAAGAAAUUGGUAUUUUGUGAUAUUGCUAUAUUUUUGGAUAUUUAUAAUAAGUAAACCAAAAAUAGAUUUAGACUAAAACUCACUUUUUGGCGUUUUUCAAAAAUGUUGCUUUGUCUAAAAUCAUGCUUAACUUUGGACCCAUAUAAAUAACUUUACGUCUUUAGAUAUGAAAGCAAUAUCACCACGGUUGGACGUCUUUCGACCACCAAAGUCACCACGAGACAAGGCUUCAUCGAUAGCACAAAGCCCUAGGUAUCAACUUAAGUUUCAGAUUGAGGUUGGUUUAUUUCUUGAUUUUUAAAAAAUAAUUAUAAGGGUAUUGCGAAGUUUAUAAAGAAUUUUGAAUAUUUUUUUUAAUUUUAAUUAUAAUUUUUAAAAAGUUUGGUAUAAACUUAUAUUGGUCACGUAGCAAUGUUAAUAUUUGGUAAAGAUUACACGUGCCAUAAGAGUUUGUUUUUACAACCUAAAAUCUGUAAAUUUUGUUUUUACAACUCAAAACCUGUGAAAAUUUUUGUUGUUGAUAAGCAGUUUAAAGUUCUUAUGAACUAGAUAUCAGCUGUGUUAUGAAUAAUACUUUUGCGAUUAAUAAUCAGUGUGAUUAAUCGGGUCGAAAUUAUUUUUUUAAAGUUACACGUUUGUGUGAAGAUUCGUUUUGUUUUAGACGCUAAAUGAUGUCUUUUUAAUUUUGUUUAUUUUAAUUGGUUUUUAAAAGUUUUUUUAUGAUUGUCUUUGUUAAUUAGACUGUUCAAAUAAUACUGUGCUCUGCCUCAAGCAAUUUGUUUGCUUUUAAGCUUUUUUUUAUAUAGAAAUAAUGUCUAGAAAUGUCGUUUUUUUAUACUACAUAAACUUUGCUACCCAAAUUUAUUUCGGUGAUUAAACGAAACGACAGGUUGAAUUUAAAAAAAAUCAAUGAUCUUGAUGGUUUUUUGACACUGCUUUUCACAGAUGGACACUAUGACACUUUUGACACCCAUCUGAGCUAUGAAAUUGGACCGGUUCUUUGAAAUGUCUAAUUUCAGGACUGUCUAUGA